CCACCACCCACUACUCUGAUUUCUUUAUCAUUUUAAAAUAAUUAGAUGUUUGGCUUAAAUUAAAUGCGAAACAAAAAUCGGCAUGGGGUAUUUAUGGAAAACGUGUUAUCGGGAUUAAGGAUGAAAGCAUUCGGAUUUUGACAGGAGUAGCAGCGUCAACGGCUUUAAAAAAUCAGGAGGUGCAACCAUGAAGCUGGUAUUGGCUGUUGCGGUCCUCCUGAUGACUUUGUCUGCGGUGGUGACAGACUCCAAUGAAGAUGGUGGGAAAGAGCCUACCAUGGCCCAGAAGUUUGAGAAGUAUCAGAAGGAGAUCCAGACGUUUGUUGAUAACCUUGGGGAGAAGACCAAAGCGGCUCUUCUUGAAUUCCACAACAGCGAAUUCAGCAACAAAACCAGGAAGUGGCUUUCCGAGACUUUCCAGAAGUUGAAGAAAAAGUUUGAACCCAUGCCCGCCCAAGACGGAUCUGACUGAAUGCCCCCUCAAUUCCAUGAGUGAUAAGAGAAGAUGGUCGUGGAAUCCCAACUGUAGCAGUGAAAAAAGAAACCUGUUGAGAGAGUUUGACCAGAAGUUCCCACCUUUCAUGUUCUAGUUUCUUUGCCUACGGCUGUUGUUAGUUCCAACCAAUGGUUGUUAGACGUAAAUAAAGAGGAAAAAAAUUAAGUAGGAGAAA